AAGCUAAUGUCUUGAAGAAGACAAGGCUCUUAAUUACUGCUGGAUGUGCACCCAGGCAAGACAUACGCAAAUUGCAUGUCCACAAACAAACUAUUUAUUUAUAAAGUUAUUUAUACAUUGUACAUGUACAGUGUGUGGUCACAAGUCCAAGAUUAAACUAGCCAGAAAGAAAACAUUCCUCUGAGCCACUCAGGAAGGAAGGCACUCCUACUCAAAUCAAAGAAGUGAAACUGAUCUCAGAGUUCUGCUCUCUCUCUCUGUCUUCGAGUGCAGGAAAAUGGCAGAGGCCAGUAUUUCAGUCGAUCAGGACCAGUUCAGCUGUCCAGUCUGUCUGGAUCUGCUGAAGGAUCCAGUGACUAUUCACUGUGGACACUGUUACUGUAUGGUGUGUAUUAACAGACACUGGGAUCAAGAGGAUCAGAGAGGGGUCUACAGCUGCCCCCAGUGCAGAGAGACCUUCACUCCGAGGCCUGUUCUACGCAGAAACAACAUGCUGGCUGAAGUGGUGGAGAAAGUGAAGAAGACAGAACUCCAAGCUGCUCCUCCUGCUCACUGUUACGCUGGACCUGGAGAUGUGGAGUGUGAUUUCUGCACUGGGAGGAAACUCAAAGCCGCCAAGUCCUGUCUGACGUGUCUGGCCUCCUUUUGUGAAGCUCAUCUUAAACCUCACUAUGAUGUUCCUGGCUUGAAAAAGCACAAGCUGGUCAAAGCUUGCUCACGACUGCAGGAGAAGAUCUGCCCUCAACAUGACAAACUGAUUGAGAUCUACUGCCGUACUGACCAAAGCUGCAUCUGUUAUUUGUGUACGAUGCAUGACCACAAAGGCCACGAUACAGUUGCAGCUGUAGCAGAGAGAACCGAGAAACAGUCUCAGCUGAAGAAGAUUCAGAGGAAAUUCAAGCGGAGACUCCAGCAGAAAGAGACGAAGCUGCUGGAGCUGAAACAGGCUGUGGUCACUCUUAAGCGCUCUGCACAGGCAGCAGUGGAGGACAGUGAGAGGAUCUUUACUGAGCUGAUCCGCUCCAUUGAGAAAAAGCGCUCUGAGGUAACAGAGCUGAUCAGAACUCAGGAGAAGAACCAGCUGAGACAAAGUGGAGAACUCCUGAAGAAACUGAAGCAGGAGAUUGAUGAUCUAAAGAGGAGAAACACUGAGCUGGAGCAGCUUUCAGUCACAGAGGAUCACAUCCAUUUCCUCCAGAGUUUCCAGUCUCUGAGUGUCUCUUCUGGAUGUGAGGACUCCUCCAGCAUCACUGUCCAUCAACAUCCCUCAUUUGAUGGAGUGAGGAAAUCUCUCUCUGAUCUGAAAGAGAGACUAGAGGAAUUCUGCAAGGAGGAGUUCAGUAAAGUCUCUCCACAUGCUGCAGCAGUUCAGACCAUUUUAUCCUCAGAGCCAAAAACCAGAGAAGAUUUUCUACAGUACUUCUGUCGGCUGACUCUGGAUCCCAACACAGUAAAUCAUGAGCUGGUUCUGUCUGAGAAGAACAGAGUGGUGAAGUACAGAGGAAGAGCCCAGUGUUACUCUGACCAUCCAGAGAGAUUUGAUUCAGUGUCUCAGGUGUUGUGUAAGGAGAGUGUGAGUGGACGCUGUUACUGGGAGGUCGAGUGGAGCAGAGGGCUAUUUGGUGUUGUGUACGUAUCAGUGGCAUAUAAGGGGAUCAGCAGGAAAGGAUGGGGUAACGGGUGCGUGUUUGGACUCAACAAUCAGUCCUGGAGUCUGCAGUGUCUCUCUACUCUCUCCUUCUCGCACAACAACAUUAAGACUGAGCUCUCAGCUCCAUCAUCUUCCAGAAUAGGAGUGUAUGUGGAUCACAGUGCAGGAACUCUGUCCUUCUACAGCGUCUCUGACACAAUGACCCUCCUUCACACAGUCCACACCACAUUCACUCAGCCGCUCUACGCUGGGUUUGGGCUUGGACCGGGAUCGUCCAUUAAACUGUGAUACAAAAUGCUCCAUAUCAGCUUCUGUCUUGCUGUUUAUUUCAUCUGCACCAGCUGUCAGUCCUGCCCUACAUUCAUCUCAGUAUUUUAGCAAACCCUGUUGUGUUUUAGAUGCUUGUAUGAUAGCCAGCUGCUCUAGAAGCUGUAGUGCUGAUCACCAGCAAAGCCAGCAUAUUGUCGCUGUUGUGCAACAACCUUUGUAUUUUUAUAUAAUUUGAAAACUCCAGUUGCCCUUUGCAUUGUAUUCAAAUUUC